UUUAGUGUAAUCUCUUUUUCCCUUGCAUGUUAAAACAAGAACGGUAGCUCUGGUUGUGCCAAAUCUGUCGAGCAAAUCAUCUGCGUCUACAUUUUGACUGGAAAGCGAUUGGAUUUGUUGGGUUCCACAAAAAAAGAAGAAGAAAAAUCGAUUCUUUUCAUUUCUUAUUGGGGCUUUUGUUGAAUAAUUCCGGGAGAGCGAAGUGAUGGCGGUGUGUCGGUUCUUCUUCAUGUCCUGAGAAACAUGCCUCGUUUCCAGCUCAAAAACGGUAACUUGAUCCAAAUCUCGCAUUCUUCUUAUGCUUCCCCUCCUUCUUAUGUUAGUAAUCCUCAGACUGAAUCGAAUUCACCAUCUUCUAGUAGUAGAAUAAGCCCGGUUUUUCUGUUCAUCAUUGUUCUUCUGGCUGUUGUCUUCUUCAUCUGCGGUGUUCUUCAUCUGUUCGUGAGAUUCGUUAAAAAGAAAAGGUCGAGUCUUUCGUCGUCGGCGCCGGAUUCCGACCAGACCCUCGAGUUUUCAGACACCGGGGCCUUCCAGAGACAGCUGCAGCAUCUAUUUCAUCUCCAUGAUUCGGGUCUUGAUCAGUCAUUAAUCGAUGCCCUCCCUGUGUUUAUGUACAAAGAGAUUAUGGGUUCGAAAGAGCCGUUCGAUUGCGCUGUCUGCCUCUGCGAAUUCUCAGAGGACGACAAGCUCAGAUUGCUCCCUUUGUGUAGCCACGCCUUCCACAUUGAUUGUAUUGACACGUGGUUGCUCUCUAACUCAACCUGUCCGCUCUGCAGAGGAACCCUUUUCACGCCAGCGUACCAAUUCGAGAACCCAGGUUUUGAUUUCCGAUUUCUCGCCGGAGAAGAUGGGGUUUCAGGGCAAGGAAGGGGAGGAGUUAGGGUUUCUCCUGGUCAGAAGCCGGAAGAGAGUGAGAUCAUCAGUGGAAAGAGAGUGUUUUCAGUCAGGCUGGGCAAAUUUAGAAGCAGUAACACCGAUGGAGAGACAAGUGGGAGUAUAACUAGCAAUUUGGAUGAAAGAAGAUGCUUUUCAAUGGGGUCAUAUCAGUACAUUGUGGCUGAAUCAGAUCUUGUUGUGGCAUUGUGCUCCAAUGGUGGUUUGAAAAGCGUGAAAGGGGAAAGUGGGGACAGUGUCAACUGUUCCGGUGUAGGAGAUAACGUCGAGGGGAAGAAGAUAAAUAUGAGAAGGAAAGGCGAGAGCUUUUCAGUGUCAAAGAUAUGGCAAUGGUCAAACAAGAGAUCAAGAUUUCCAAACCCAACAGUUUCACAUAUGGCUAAGGGCUCUUCUUCACCUUGUUCGUGUUCUGCAUCUGGUACUGUUUCUGGGUUUUGUCAUCAUUGAAUGGAGGGAGAUCUCAUAGUCCAUGAAAAGGUGCAGCUCAAAUGCUAAUUAUGUUAAAUUCAUUAAUUUGAUUUCUGUUUCUAUUUUUGCCUGUCUGUGUUCAUUUUUGCACAAGACUA